AAAACACCUUUUUUACGUGUCAACACAAAGGAUAUGGAAGUUUUUCAAAGGAUUUAAUAAAGAUAUUCUGUUUUACACAAAAUGAUAUUCAAUAUGAAAGAGAAUGAUUAAUUUUAAAAUGAUGAUAUAUCUGUGAUAUUUUUCAUGACAACAUAUUCUAUUCAACUAUUUUAAAUUUUAAACAAAAUAUAAAGGAUUCUUAUUUAUUUUUAUAAAAGAUAAUGCAUAAAUAAUUAUUAUUUCAUCAAUGAAAUAUCCUAAACUAUUUAUUCAUUGUUUAUAUUUACUGACAAUUUUCGAAUCUAUUUUAUUCAAAAUAGAAUCAUUGAACUUCAAUGUACCAAAUUACAAAAUUAUUUAUAUUGAUGAUUUCAUUUCUCAUCCUAAAUGGAUGUCAACACAUAAGAGUUUUACUUUCCCAAAGAAGAGUCGUAUAGUUCAAAUAUCUGUUCAUUCAUCGUCAAACAGUUUGUUUAUUGCAGUAAAUAAUUCAAUUAUAAGAGUUUCUGCAGAAACCUUCAUAAAAAAAGAUGAAGCUAGUUGGUCAUUGUCUAGUCAAGAUAUAUCAACCUGUUCUGAACAAGAUUCUAAUAGAAAAAUCCCAUGUAAUCAAUAUGCUGUGACUUUGCUAAAAGUUGUAGAUAAAAUAUUUCCUGGACUAAAUGAUUCACCUUUACAUCGAGCUGGAGUUUAUGUAUGUUUAUCCAAUGGAUUAAUAGCUGAAUGUUCACUUCGUCAGGCUAACAAUUUACGUGCUCCAUCGAAAAUACACUGGAAAAGUGUAGAUCAUUGUCCAAUAGAUCCUGACCGACCAGCUGUUGGUUUUAUCGCAAGUACACAAAAUUUGUACAUAGGUACCAAAAUAGGAUCAUUUAAAAACGCUGAAAUGCGUAUUAUGAAAAUAAAUUCUGUAGAAAAUUUGAAUUCAAUCCAACCAUUCAAAUAUCCUAUUCGCACAUCACCUGAUGACAGAAUGAUAAAACAAAAUAAUAAUACAAUAUUUGUACAUAGUUUCGAGUUUCACAAUGCUGUAUACUUUUUGUUUCGAGAACUGGCUGAUGAGACAGCUGAAAGUUGUGAUAAAUCUUCAGAUGAUGGAAAUAUGUUCGGUGUUUUCAAUAAUUUUCUCAAAGCAACAAUUACUUGUCUGUCAACACCUGAAGAUGGUUCUAACAGUCUGGUAUUCACUGAAAUUCAGGCUGUGUAUGUGGAUCAAUCAACUAAAACUUUAUUUGGAACGUUCCAAACCUCAUCAUCAAUGCCAACUGCAUCAGCUAUCUGUGAAUACAGUUUGGUAGAGAUUGAGUCAGUAUUUAAUGGAGAAUUUUAUAAAAAUGAUGGAGUUGCCACAGCAACUAGGAAUGAUUAUAAUUGUGAUAAAGUUGCAUCAAAUCCACAUUCGAAAAAUGACUAUCAUCUUAUGUUUAAAACUGUCAGACCACGAUACGACAGACCAAUUCUAGUACAGCAAGGCGAAAUAUAUACACAAAUUGUGGUCAGUAAAAUCCCAGGAACAUUAAGAAGUGAUAUGAAUAUGGUCAUUUUUGUGACUAACUCUGAAGGGAUAUUAUAUAAAUGGCAUAUAAAAGAAUUCCAGUUAUGCCUUAUAGAAUUAAUUUAUCUAAUGCCAAGAUUUUCGAAAAGUCUAUCAACCAAGAAUGUUCAAAUGCAAAUUAUUUAUAAUAAUCAAAAUAAAAAAAUAUCCAAAGACUCAUACAUUUUAAUAGCAAUAGAAAAUCGUCUGCUACGUUUACCUAUUGCAAGAUGCAAACGAUUUGGUGAUGAAAGAAUAGGAUGUAAACUUUUACGAGAUCCUUAUUGUGGAUGGAGUGAAGCAAAACAAAAAUGUAUUGACUUAAGUACUGAAGAAGGAAUACUUAAUAAUAUUGUAACAUAUCAUUCAGAUACCUGUGUUCAAAGUGAAUUAAUCCCAAAUAUGAAGAUUAAGAGUGAAUGGGGUAGCUGGAGUGAAUGGAACAGUUGUGAACAGUCAUCAGGGAUACAUAAAAAUAACAUAUUACUGACACAAUAUUCAAGUGAACAAUUUAAAUUGACUGGAUGUAAUUGUCGUUUUCGAUCUUGUUACUCACCUAUUUCAUCUGAACCCAAUGAAAAUGAAUGUUCAAAUGGAUCUUCAGUUGAAAUCAGCAGUUGUUCUUAUAGUGGUGGUUGGACUGGGUGGUCUGCAUGGUCUGGAUGUGAACCAGUUUGUUACUCUGUACAUCAUAAAUUCAACGUAACACCAAUACGUACAAGAUACCGUUGGUGUUCUAAUCCUAGUCCAGUUGGAAAUACAUAUAAAUGUCAUGGACCUGAUAAACAUACUGAAAUUUGUACUAAAGAAAUUAACAGGUGUUCCAGUGAAACAACACCGAUAUUCGAAUGGACAUCUUGGUCGCAAUGGACUUCGUGCACAUCAUCGUGUAAUGGUGGUAAACAAUUUCGUAGACGUGUUUGUAAAGAUAAAAAUGGUUUAAGAACUGAUUAUGCAGAAAAAUUCACUUUGGAUGAAGUGAAAACAUUACUUAAAGAUCAGUCAGAGAAUAUAAAUCAAUUAAUGUGCAUUGGUAGAGCUUUUGAAGACAGAAAAUGUAAUACUCAUCCAUGUUCAACGACAAAAAUUUUGUCUACUUGGAGUGAGUGGUACAUAACAGAUGAGAGUAAUGGGAAAGAAAACGUGCAAAGGAGAUAUCGUGUAGAGUGUUCGGCUAAAUUACCAGAAUCCGGUAGUUUUCAAGCUCAAAUCGAUACUCAGACUCGAAUCUGUAAGAUCGACAAAGAUAGUCAUGAAAUUAAUUGUGAAGAUCUUGAUAAAUCAUUUGAAAAUUUUGAAAAAUUCCUACCAGUUUUGUCAGAAAGUAUAAGCAAUGAUUGGUCAUCAUGGACUGAAUGUUCACAACCAUGUGGCGGUGGUAGCAGAUUUCGUAAAAGAAUUAAACCAUUUUUAUUACGUAACACAAUGGAUAAACUUACUAAAAAUGAUUACGAGAUAGAACAUGAACUAUGUAACUUGCAAUCAUGCACAGGUUAUUGGAGUUGUUGGUCAGAAUGGAGUAAAUGUUCAAAAACUGAACCUUGUGCUCAACCAAGAGGAGUACAACGUCGAUUUAGAACAUGUAUUAAUGAAUUUAAUUCACCUGUCAGCGAAAUGACACAGAUACAUAAUACAAGCUUAUGUUAUGGUGGGUUUGAACACAGUGUACAAACAGUCCCAUGUGAACUGGAAAUUAGUGAAACGAAUUGCUUACAACAACGGCUAAAUCAAGUUCGAUAUCGGAAGCGAUCAGUCGAAGUUGAACAACUUGACAUAGAAAAACCUUGUAAGCAAAAACUUUUUCGAUAUAUAUAUAUAUAUCAUUUCACCAGUAAUUAUUUACCUUUAGAAUCAGUUCGUAUCUAAAGGUCCAAUACCACCUAAUUUCUUUGAUAAUCUAGCUAACGUCACUCCGUGAUCAAAAGAUAUUGAUAAAGUUAUCCAAAGGUUUUAAGAUGUUCGUCGUUGAAUUUCAACGCAAUGCUUAAGAUCGGGCCUGAAAAUCAGCUGUUAAAUUAUAGCAAUGGACCUGAUAUAUUUAUUUCCAGAUUGAAAAUAAAAUGAAACAACUGAGUACCCUGAUCAACAUUCAGUUUUGGAACAACCAAUAUUGGUAAACAAAACUACACUGAAAUAACGUGUAUUAUCUUACUACUCAUACUAUUUCUCUAAUUUUAGUGGAUUCGCCCGAAUGGGCUAUUUGGUCAGAAUGUAUAACUGUAGAGCACAUGUCGUAUCCUAUACGAAUGAGAACAAGAAAAAGCUGUGAAAACUGUGAGUGGAUUCAAUUUGAACGCUGUGAUACUAAGAAGUCUGUUGCACCUCAAGAAGGUAAAUUUAAAUUGAAUGUUAUUGCUAUCAGGGUAUUUUAAGUAGUAUUGUUCUUACUAAUUGCGUUGUUUGUUAAUCAACUAAGUAGACCGUUUCAUUUACUCAUAACUUGAACUAUAAGAAGUUAACUAAAUGAAUGAACGGAAAACCUAUUAAAAGCUAUUAGACACAAAUUUACCCUAUCCCUUUUUUAUUACUAAAAUUCCUUUGUUAUCAAUGUGCCAUAUUUUUAGAUGUCAAUAUUUCAAUUUGUUGUUUAUUUGACUGUGAAUUCAUGUUGUCUGUCGUAGUCGGGACACUUACAUAGUUAACAUAAAAAGUUGUAAUUUAUUUAUGGAAUUUUAUAUUAAGAGAAUAAGAUACAUUCGUUUGACUUAGAAGUUAUAAAAUGUAGAUAUUUCAUUUGUAUCGAUGUCGGACAAGGUAGUAGCUAAUGUUGGUCCAGUUGGUUUUUAAAUGCUGAAUGUAAAAAUUAUGCCUGCAAGAAUAAAAGUGUGAAAAGCAAAGUCAAAUAAAUCUCCAUAUCUCAGUAUCGACAACUGAUUAGAUUUUUAGAUCAUUCUUUUUGUACAACACUCUUGAUAUAAAUAUUGUAGGAACAGUCAUUAGUUAUCUACAUAAUCAUCCAUGAACGUAAAUACAUCAAUUUUUCGUAGGCUUCUACAUAAGAUGUGCUAUUUGAAUCUAAAUUGAGGAUCUGUCUAGUUAUUAUUUAGGAUUCUUCUAAGAAAUCACACUAAACUAUGUAAGAAUAACUAGGUAGAAUAUAGUAAUCCAAUUGUUAGGCUUUAAUCAGAAUGAUUAAUUAAAAUACAAAAUGGCUAGAAACAUAAAAGCGUCUAUAAAGAUGACUGAUGUUUUGUCUUUUUUAAUGAUUUAACUAGUAUUAGGAGAUAAAUAUCAGUCUUAUAAGGAAACAGUUUUGAAUGAAGAUUCAGCUGAACAAUACGAUAUGUUACAUGCAAUAAUUGUUACACUGGUAGCAUUUACAACUGGUUUCGCUAUUGUUAUAAUCCCAUUUAUAACAUGUACAAUGAGAGAUCGUAAAAAUGCUCAAGGUAAACAUAAAUAUCAACAGCCUACAUCAUUAUCAGCAUCUAUAUGGCGUAAAAUAACCAAUGAACGUUUAUCAAAUAAAACACAAUCAAAUUUAUUACCAUAUGAAUGGUUUUUAGAUAAUGAUGAUACCAAUCAUAACCAAUUAACUUUUAAGAGUAACAGUGAUAGUAAAUUAGUAAAGAGAAUUCUUGACGAUAAAAAUAAUGGAAGGAAAAAGAAAAAGUUGAACAUUCAUGAGAAGAAUGUUGACAGUUUAUCCAAUUCCUUAUUGUUAAUAAACUCUGAUAAAAAACAUAACAGAAAUCAGGAUUACAAUGACCUAACUAAUCAAAUUCACAAGGAAUAUCACUCAAAAGAUUCGCGUAAAGCAGCACAUAAUACUACAUCAUCAGUACAACGUCCAGAAGCAGCUGGGUACAAUCUUGAUACAAGUAAAAGUAGAACAGUUGUUGAAUUGAAACUAUGUAAUGAUCAAAAUACAACUCCAGAUUACGAUGACGUCAGUAAUAAUAAUGAUGUAUUAUUACAAAGUGUACAAUCAACAGCAAACAAGAUUACAAAUACGACAACAAUAAAACAAAGACCUAUAUCGGAUGUCCGAUAUGUAGACCCAAAAUCAGAAACUAGAUUAUCACAAGUAAAAAUUGUCAGUGUUUUGAUAUCGUCUUCACCACCAUCAGAACAAGUAUGGUCAGACAUAUCGGUGAAUAAUCCAAUGAUUCAUAAUGUUACAAUUAAUGACACAUCGAAAAAUGGCAUUCCAGAAGAUACAAGUUGUUUUAAUGAAGUAUAUAUAACACCCGCUGAGAAUUGUAGAUAUGAUAAUGAGAUAAGCUUGAUGGAAAUAGAUGAGACAACACAUACUAAAAGUACCAUUCCAGACAAUUAGCUAAUAAAUUUUACAACUGCUUUAUGAUAAGAAUUAUGAAUAAAUUAAUUCCUUUAUGAGUAUCUAAUAAUAAAUAAUCAUAUUAAAUAUGAAAAUUCAAAUGUUAACCAGUUUUUUUUCAACUACGCCUUCUUAUUAUCAGGCUUAUUAAUUGUUUUCAAUCGUAUAAAAAUUAUCAAACAUUAUCAGGACAAUAGACGUCCGAUGACAAAUGGCGAUAAAUCUGGUUAAUUCAACUUAUCUUACUGAGUUGGGGUUCAAGUGAUUACAUAUAAAGGACGUUUAAGACAUUAAAAUUAUUAAAAAGUCCACUUCACUUGGUAUCAUUUCGAUGGUUCCUGAUUCUGAAAAUAUCAAUUAACCAGUCCAUGGACGACUGUCAAGUGAGAUUGUGUUGAGAAGUGUACCUACAGCCAUAUAUCUCGAAAUCGCCUCAAAAUCACUUAAGUGUCAGGGACUGGUAGCUGAAUGCUUUAAUGCUGGAAGGAAACUUCAGGCAAAAGAAGAUAAAUCAAUGUUUACUUUCACUGUGUUCACAAUCUAAGCAUCAAACUUGAAAACUACCAGAAAUAGCGAUGAUUAAAUAAACAGUAAUUGAGAUCGUACCUUUACAAAUUGACGCAAUUUCGACGGUAAAAUCAAACAGUGUGGUGUGACUGAAAACUGUGCAUAUUGACUCCAUAAAGGGUAAUCAAGUGGUAAACCAUCGUCAGGGGGGUGUACAGGGUAAAACGAUGAUGAGGCGAGAAUAUGCCGACAUAAACGAGUAAUUCUAUCACUGCCCGAGCAACUAUGAAAUUACAAGAAAAAAUUGAACAGAAAUUCCAUCUAGUGUAUCAGCUGUAAUAGAUUUCUUGAAACAGUGAAGUAAUUUUAACACUAACAAGUUAGUAUACAAUUUUGGAAUAAACACCAAUGAAUGAAAAUUUUAAUAAUAUUUUCCUCAAUUUAUUACGUUUUACCCUAUAAAAAUGUUUAGUUAGCGUACGUCAUCAAACUUAAUUAAGGCUCAUUUCAACCAGAUGGUCUGAAACAUUAUAUAAUUUGACUACAUAAUACCCAGCUUUCAGUUGCAUUUAUUAU